AUGUCCGGCCAGCACCCACAGCCGGAUCCCAUGGACGAGGACCGGGGCGAACAUAGUGAAGAUGAAUUCAUAGACGAAGCAGAUGCAGAAGAAGUGGUCCAGGUCGACGAUGACCACCCGAUGGAGGAGGACGAAGAACUGCUGCUCGAGAACGACUCCUCCGCGCACUUCGACAAACAUACCGACUCCAUAUUCUGCAUCGCACAACAUCCAAUCCAUCCUGAAAUCAUAAUCACUGGCUCCGGAGACGAUACCGCAUAUAUAUUCGACUCGAGUCAGGCGGCUUCUGAGAAACCGCUACUCCCCAAGAGCUACGAAACCACGCCGCAACAGAGUAAAGAGAGAGAAUCGCUGCCUGUGAUUGCGCAUUUGGACGGCCAUAAAGAUUCAGUUAAUGCAGUUUGUUUCACCUCUCCGCGGGGUGAAUAUGCUGUUACCGCUGGUCUGGAUGGGAAGCUACGCGCCUGGAGAGAUACGAGUGGCAAUCUGGCUGGGAAGUCAUGGCAAUUUUUGGCUGAAUCGCAGGAAGUCGAGGAGAUAAACUGGAUCGCGACUUGCCCGUCAAGCGGAAAUGAGGAAAACGAGCAGACUCAGAAUGUUGUUGCGGUUGGUGCUAAUGAUGGGAGCGUAUGGGUCUAUCGCAUCGACGCGAGAGAGGAUUCCCCCGAGCCACUUACGAUUAUUUCUACGUUCUUUCAACAUACCGCAUCUUGUACAGCUGGUGCCUGGACACCGGAUGGACAGCUAUUAGCUACUGUCUCCGAAGAAGGGAGCUUUUAUGUCUAUGAUGUCUUUGGGUCUGCAGCUGCGGCUGGAUUCACUUCCUCUGCCGGUACGCAAUCGGUCGUUGCGCUGACUGUACAAGACCAGAGAUUCGCUGUUGAAGGAGGACUGUAUUCGGUUGCCAUCUCACCUUCUGGUACGUUUGCUGUUGUCGGUGGUGCAGAAGGACAUAUCAAGGUUGUCGGUCUACCACGAGUGUCUGAUACCUCGUCCACAAAAUCCAAAUCUAAGGGUAAAGGAGCCUCUGGUCCGUCCGGUGGAGCAGGAGCCGGAACACUUCUUGCCUCUCUCCAAGCUCAGUCGGACGGUAUCGAGUCACUCUCCUUCUCCUCUCCACCCCUGAAUCUCCUUGCAGCAGGGUCCGUCGAUGGAUCGAUUGCUCUCUUCGACGUUGCACACAGAUUCGCUGUUCGACGACACAUCCGCGGCGCCCAUGAAGAAUCAGCUGUGGUAAAGGUCGAGUUCGUCCAAUGUAAGACCAACGCCUCCUCGGCCGGGACGUCGCCGGGGAGACCCUGGCUUCUAACCUCUGUGGGUAUGGAUGGCGUUGUAAGGCGGUGGGAUACCCGAGGCGGCACCGUAGCUGCUGGUCAUGGCUUGUUAAAAGAAUGGAGAGGCCAUCUCGGCGUUUCUGAAAAUGAAGAAGGAGAACAGGCGGGUGGUAUAUUGGGUUUUGUACAGGGUGAUAAGGAAGGAGGACGAAUUGUCACUGCUGGUGAUGAUGGAGUGGCACUGGUAUUUGAAGAAUGA